UUACAGCGUCAACACUUUUUGGAUAACUCAAAACCGUCUUCAAUCAAGCCAGGAAUCUCUCAAAAUGAAGUUCUUCAUGUGCAUUUUGGUAGCCGCCACAGUGGCCGUGGCCCAGGCCGGUAUCCUGCCCCAUUUGGAUCAUCAUUUGGAGCACCAUUUGGAGCACGAAUUGCCCCACUUUUCGGAUGCCGAAGUACACCAUUCCGAGGGCAUACAUUUGGGGCACAGUGCGGCCAUUAUACACCACGAUGAUCAUCAUUUGGAUGCUGUGCCACAUCACUACAGCAGCAGCCAUUAUGAGACAUUGCCACAUCACUACAGCAGCAGCCACUAUGAGGCCGUGCCGCACUACAGUCACCACUAUGAGCAUCUGCAUGCCGCACCGGUGGUGCACCAUCACAGUCAUGCCGCUUUGGUGCACUACAAGCCGCAUUUGGAUGUCCACAGCCAUGCGAGUCUGUUGUCCUUCGCGAAGCAUCAACUCCAUGGAAAAUAUGGAAAACUCAGGAUCACAGAGACGCAUUAUUGAGUGGGAGAGCGAGAGAGAGAGAUUCCCAACUGCCCCUUCCCCCUGUCGCUGCCACUGCCAAUGUGGCAAACAUUCCGCCGGAGCCUUCAACAUCCCAGCAGACAAUUUAUCAUCCGCUGAUUCGCUCAUUCGCGUGGAGGAGCCCCACGAAAGUAAUUUACUUGCAAUUUAAAGAUAAACAGGCGCGAUAAUGUCUACAAAGCAUAAA